UGCUUUGUCUGUUGUUAAACGGUGAAGAAGUAUACCAAAUACGUUUUCAAUCCCUCCGCACUGAAAUGUUCUCUCAUGAGGGUGUCAUCUGUCUCGCUCUGAUUGUUGUUGCCAGCUCGAUCAACGGAGCCUUUGGAUUCAAGUGUUACCAAUGUAGCGAAGAAGGAAACGUAAAUGGAACCUGUCGAAGUUUUUCGAAUCUCACCGCCACUGAAUGCGAUAACCAAUCUUUUGAAAAUAGAUAUAGGAAAACGUACUUUCCGAAUGCCGCUGAGAUACCUUUGACUGAAAAAAUCACGACAUGGGCGUGCAUAAGUGGAGUAUCAAAAGUGGGAGAGAAAGAGUUCUACGUAAGAUCAUGCGCACCCAAGGCGCCCAAGGACAUAAUUUGCAAAUCAUUGGAGGAUAAUAAUGACCCUCCCUUGCACUGCUGUGACGAGCCAGCUUGUAACUCAUCGUUCAAAAUCAACGCUGGAUUAUUGACUCUUGGUGCUUGUUUGAUGUUUAUCAAUUUGUUUUGGAAGUAAUAAUUAACGUGAAAUAAGACAUUUACAGUCACAAAUUGUAAAUUUUUAUAAUUAGAGCUUCAUAGUUUACAUUACAGUUGACUUUAUCUUUGUUUAGUCUUGGUAUUAUAAUGAAUUUUCAUAAGUAUUUUUUUGUUUGAAUGAAUUAAUAUUAUAAUCUUUUGA